CUUCGAUGAGUUUGCAAUUUGUUUGGAACAAUAAUCAUAAGGCAUAACUAUAAAAUUCACUCUCUUCACCGUUUAGUGUUCAGAGUUUUUCAUUUCAGUGUUUCUUUAAAAUCAACAGACAUUCAUUAUGGUUCUCGAAAGUACUAUGAUAUGUGUUGAUAACAGCGACUAUAUGCGCAAUGGUGAUUUUGUACCUACUCGUCUACAAGCGCAACAAGAUGCUGUUAAUCUAGUAUGUCUUUCUAAGACUCGUGCAAAUCCCGAGAACAAUGUUGGCCUUUUAACUUUAGCCAAUGUUCGUGUAUUGGCUACUUUAACAGCUGAUGUUGGUCGGAUUCUAUCAAAAUUGCAUCAAGUACAACCCAAUGGUGUCAUAAAUUUUCCUACUGGCAUUAGAAUUGCUCAUUUAGCGUUGAAGCACCGUCAAGGAAAAAAUCAUAAAAUGCGUAUAAUUGCAUUUAUUGGCAGUCCAGUGGGUUUGGAUGAAAAAGAAAUUAUUAAGUUAGCUAAAAGACUCAAGAAAGAAAAGGUUAAUGUGGAUGUUGUUUCUUUUGGCGAAGAGGCUGAAAAUUCUGAUGUAUUAACUGCAUUUGUUAAUACAUUAAAUGGUAAAGAUGGUGGUGGUGGCAGUCAUCUUAUUGCUGUUCCACCGGGCUCACAUUUUUCUGAAGCAUUAGUUUCAUCUCCAGUUAUUCAAGGAGAAGAUGGUGCUGGAGGAGCUGGUCUUGGAGGAACAGGAUAUGAAUUUGGAGUUGAUCCUAAUGAAGAUCCUGAAUUAGCUUUAGCUUUGCGUGUUUCUAUGGAAGAACAAAGAGCUAGACAAGAGCAAGAAGCUCGCCGAGGUCAAGCCUCAUCUGCUGGAGCUGAAACUUCAACUGCUCGUCCAGAAACUAUUAAUGAAACUCCAACUGAAGAAGCAAUGUUGGAACGUGCUUUGGCUAUGUCAAUGGAAACUGGUGAAGAUGAGCCAAUGGUUGUACAGGAAGGACCUGGCACAUCAGCUUCUGGACCUUCUGCUACAGCUGCAUCUCAAGUGGAUUUCAAUAAUAUGUCUGAAGAAGAGCAGAUAGCAUUUGCUAUGCAAAUGUCCAUGCAGGAUUCAGCAGCUGAAGAAAAGGCAUCUUCAUCAACUGCCAAAUCUAAAGAGGAAGCUAUGGAAGUAGAAGAAGACUAUUCAGAAGUGAUUGAUCCCGAAUUUAUUCAGAGCGUAUUGGAAAAUUUACCUGGCGUUGACUCGCAAAGUGAUGCUGUACGCCAAGCUGUUGGUCUUGUCAGUAAGGAUUCCAAAGAUAAAGAUCAAAAAAAUGACAAGGAUAAAAGCAGUAAGAAAUAAGUGUUGAAAGACGAAUUGGAAAAUAUAUUUACUUAUAUUUAAUUAUACUUUAUAUAUUUCUUAUUAUCAUCAUUUUUUUUUUUAAUAACAAAUCUAAUUAAAUAUUUUUCAGAACCCAAAGUUGCUAAAAUUUUAAUAAAUCAAAUUAUCCAAUUUUAGAAUUGUCUGAUGUUUAUUUAAGUUAAAAAAUGUUUAGUCUAAUAAUAAAAUCAAUAUUAUCUACAAAAAUAUA